CCGUUCCGGAUGUCACCAGAGUUUAAGGAGAAUGCACAGCCUGCUGCCCCUAUUGCACGUGCAAGUCCAGUGCACACCAACAACAUUCAAGGAAAUGCUUCUUAUCAUGCACCUAGUCCGCACUGCAGCAGCAACAUCAUGGACAACGUGAGUGAACGAUAUAACGAAGCACUCAGAAGCGAAGAUGGUAGUUGUAAACACCAGCACUCUGACGCAAAGUUCAGUCCGCGCGACAAUGUCAAAGAGAGCGGCCCAGCCACCCACGUUAGUGGAUUUGCACGCGUGGGAGCUCUAUCGCCUCCGCGUGCACGUGAUGACAAGCGCAUGUCGAUUCCAGCGCACGCUGUGAGCGGCGAGCACAGGUCAGCUGAUGCAUCUAGGGCCACGCGGAUGGAAGCACACGCAACGCCAGACACGUACCAACGCGAUACGUCUACUACGAUGGCAAGCAAACACAGAGGUUCAAAUCGGCUCAGCUCACGAAGUAUAUAUCUUGCGGAAGAUACAUUGAAGGGAAAUGGUACUAGAGGCACGGAAAAAUCGCGAGAUGCAACGUUUUCGCCAGUUGCUUCGCGUGAAGGCGGAGAUAGCGAGGAUGUUGGGCGGCAGCCGGGCUUUAACACAGCAACCGAGUAUGAGCGCAUUGUAAGCAGGGCAGAGCAGUCAUGGAAUGUAGACGCUCGAGCGGUAGGGGAUGUUUAUAUGACACAUAAGUACACACGCUCGCGCACAUACGCGACUGAAUUUGGAGAUGUUGAUAUGCAGACACACGCACACACAGGUACCAAUGUGCAAGUGAGCUCACACGAAUCAUUCUCAAUGAAGUACGUACGUAGACAUCAGUUGGACAGCCAUGCCUCAAGUAAAGGUCAUACGCAGGCAAACCCCGGUUUGCGCAGUAGUCCCAACGCGGAUAAGUCGACCGGUAUAAACAACUGGGGUGGGCGGCUGUCACCAAAACCGUUCGCCAGACCCUUCAAAUCCACAUUCAUGACAGGUGACACAUUCACUACAGGCCUACCAACGGACAUAGAGCCAGAUAGCAACGCAGCGCCAGUGACACACAUGCGCAGUUCAUUCUGUGCUCCUGCAGUACCCAGUGAGACUGCGGGAUAUUUAGGUGAGGUACGAUGCACCUCACCUACAAAUACAGGACAGAGCCAAGAACGGACUGAUGGCGUGUUUAAAUCUAUAGAUAAGCACCCCAAUAGCAAACCGGACGGCGCCCGCAUGGCUGGUAGCGCCAGUGGUACUUAUGAAGUGUCUCGAACGCGAUACGGACUGAGGGACAUGUAUGACAACCCAUCUGAGGAUAAACUCCACAGUACAUCCAGAUAUGACAGACCCGGGCAAUCAGCGUCGAGGAAGGAGGCGUUAGUUGAGCCUAGAACUGCUGAGACGAGUGGUAUCGGAGCACCCAAUGAAACUAAUUCCCAUAGGAGUACAGAUGUCAAGGCGAGUAAUACAACGCCUGCGCCACAUAUUUCCAAGUACGACCGUAAAUUGCACCAACCCAAUCCGCUGAAGGGGGCAGCACCGUCACGUGCGGCUGAGUCAAGGCGGACACAAUCCAUGCCUCUACACAGGAAGGUUAACGACGCUACAUACGCAACCCUCAGAGAUUAUGCACAAGCCAAUCCAAAGGGCCUAGCUGGGAAACCGAAAGGCUCGGGAGAAUUGGAGCGUAGACGACUGAGUAAAGAGUCAUGGAGGCACACACACCACCACGUGCAACAGCCAGCUGAGCGCUCAUCUGCGGUGUUUGGUAAUGCGCCGACAACGGAGGAGGCUAUGCGGGGUACACACAGAGGCUUGAGUGGCCUGUCGAGCAACGGGGAAAAGCGCGACGCGAACCGAGCGGCACAAGCGGGAGACGAGACAACGGAAGCUGUUCAAGGAGGCAAGUAUCUGCGUGGAAGAAGGUUAGAGGGCGCUAAUGGAAAUGCUGCAGAUAGGAACGCUCCGAAGGCGAAUGUAGCUGUCACAAGUGACGCUCACGGUGGCGUUUUAGGCGGCGCUGAAGUUCGGACUAGCUCCGAUAGAAGCCAUUUCUCCACUAGAAGAUUCUCACAAAAGUAUGCGGCUGAGCGACGGGCGAAUGCAUUGGGUUCAAGACACACAACUGGCGAUGUACGUACGCAAGGCCUGGGACGAACACCCGAGCAUGCACACACACACGCGCACAUAAAGAAAGACACACAUGGCAUGUCGAGACAUGUACCUAUGGCACACGCGAAGAGUAGGCAACACGAAACACAGACAGGCGCGGAAGUGACUGGAACAGAACGCACACCACAGGAUGAAUGUACUGAGGCUCUCGCGAAGUUCGGUACGCACACAUCUCUUCAUACAGACCCGCAGAUGCCAAACGGUAUAAGCCAACCAACGGACACCCAAGCACAAGUAAACGUAGAUAAGCACAAACAUGUGCAUGAGCGAUCGAUACCUGUUGUCGGCCAAAAUCAUGAAACUGCAGACGUGGCUCCAAUGUCCGAAGACAGCGGUGGCUAUGACGAUGCCCAGCCAGGAUCGUCACCAGUGGGUGCGUGUGACUUGCGUACAGAUACCUCUGCGGACAAGGCGCCUAUUAAAGGCCACACACAGACCCUCAAGGCGGAGGGCUACGACCAAGCACCUGCACACAAUCUAACGAAUACAGCAUUUACGGGUGUGAAGCCUGCGGCGCCAUUCCCGAGCUCUUGGGGUCGCGAGGAGGGAGUCGGAGAGAAGCUCGGUAGCGGCGCGUCUGUGCCGUUGGCGCAUGGUACGCACACACACACGCACUGCACUGCGAAGGCUAUAUACGACACAGCUGCGGCACAGGAAAGCACGCAAGUGUAUCACGAGACUCGCGCCACGGCCGAGUACACGGUUAAAUCGAGAAGCACUGAGGAGGCUGCACGCACAACCAUCUCAUUUAAAAGCAAGCUGCAUACGAAUGCAGUCCCCAUAGUCGGUCAGAUAUGGCCCCAGAGCCUCUCCUUCCAACCCAAUCGCCCGUCGUUUACACGCAUGCGCGACAGUACAUCGUCGCAGGGGGCACACUCCGCGCGAGAGCGCAGGCGUAGACAGCCGAAGGCCGUGCGCGAUAGGAAGCGCCGCGAGAGGCGACGCGGCAAGAUUGUGUUUGGACACAGCUACAAGAAACCCCCGUCUGCGACACUGGACUUCCCCGCAGGCUACGCGCCGAGUACAACGUCCUCAAGCAGUAACCACAGCUCAAGCUCUAACGCCAGUGAGACGGAGGGCGACGCAGAGAUAGCCCAUGGGGUUGGCCAUAGCGCCGCCACGCUUGCCAGGAGACAAAGCAAGAACAGGCACGGACAAGCAAACGUACGCCAAGCAAACGUACGCGUGGGUGCGAUGGAGACGCAGGCUGCUACGACGAGCAUGCUGGGUGCUUAUAGUUGCCCCGAAGACCGUGGGAGGACAGGUGUGCCUGGUGCGGAAGGCUACACUCAGGAUUGUGCACCUAAAGUAUCACAGACAGGUUCUUCCCCACACAAAUUUGCACGUACAUGUACAAGCUCAAUUGAGAACUCGUAUAUACACGCACCACCACAGGUCUACGGUAGUAAAGCCAAUGAUCGCAGGAACGAGGCCCAGGCGAAUACACACGCACACAAACACGACCACGGCCCUACUUCCGUGCCUGUGCAAUUUGCGUCCGUUCCCAAACCCCACAACAACAACGGUGACGAUGAGGUUACCAAAACCAAACACUCCAACUCCCACGAAGUCAGAGGGUUCAGUACCAAACCGUCCAACCACAUCCAAGCGAGUGAGGAUAAGAGCGGAUACUCGAGCGUGAGCAGCUUGAGUGAUUUCGGCGAUCUGGAGAACGUGGGCGACUACGGGUUUGAUAGCGACGCACCUCCUGCGCCAUCGCUACCACCGACCCCAGACUUCUCAUACUCGCGCCGAACACCCACCAAGUACGCGACCAAGCACAAUACACGCCCACUUUCCGAGACACUCCACCACAGCGUGCGAGAGAGGACUGGGCCAGGGGCAGGCAUGGAUGCGGAGACGGGUGGCGUUGGGGUGGCCGGUGUGAGUUCAGGCACAGGUAAGCAGACUGUGGUUUUUCCUACCGGGCGAUUGUCACAGACUUCGUUUGGGAAAGCACGUGUGUCUCCGCCGAUGGCUGCGACAACCACAGGGACGCACUUAGGAACACAGCUACAUGAGCGUACACACACCCCGUCACACGCACACGCACACGCACCGCAUGAAUCCCACACACGGCCACAAGUUCCGUCACACUUACCGGCACAGGCGCAGACACACAGCGACAGAGACAGGGAUCAGAUAGCCCGUUAUGACACGGGCGCAUACACAUCACAACAAGCUACGACAGAGCACCAGCACCAGCAUCAAUCCCCACGACAUCCCCAUAACUCACUCCACCCCCACAAACGCGCAUGGUCCAACUCCAACAUCAAAUCCUUAUUCGAUGUGCAAACCUUCAUCACUCACACCACGGCCACUUCCAGGCCCAGACUGGAGACGUCCUCGAGACCCAACAGUGCAGAGAGGGAACUGCCUGCAGGUUAUUCCGACGGUAGUUCUUCCUCAGAUAGGGCUUCACCCGAUUCACUACUGAAUCAACCGAUGGGGACUAAUCCAUCGCGAGUGGUCAAUGACUCGGCUGGCGAGGGGUCGCGUCGCGGUAGGGUCUUUGGGGAGGAGAGGGCCGGUAACGCGUGCCCCACCACUGAUUUUGGGACGGCUACCAACACUUAUGCAGGACAAAGUGCGUCCGGAGAAAAACCCAAGCGUGACGAUCGGGCUAGCAUGCCUAUGUCAAGGCAAAGGUUCAAAGACACCACACAAACACACGACACAGCGGAUGCGGCGGGUGCUCAGCGGGAUACAUACGAGCCCCCAAGUGGUUACGCGGACAUAGCGCAUUCCCAGUCGAGCGAGUACUCGAUGUUCGGUAUCUCCGGCUCUGGGUCUCAGUUGGCGGAGAAGGCUGGGAAACUGUUGCCCCGCAUAUGGCCGCUGAAACGGGACGGACAGACGCAAGGCGGAUUGGAAGGGGCAGAUGAACACACAAGAUAUGGCGAAGCUACAGGCGUACGAGAGCGUGAUACAAGAAAAGGGGGUGUAGAGGCAGAGCAAGCGCAACAGGUAUACGCACGAGCACAUCAGGGGACUGCGUCUCAGCGACUACGAGCCAGGCCCAGGCCAGACGCACCUGAACGUGACGAACGGGUGCAUGGACCGCCCAAUGCCCUCGAUUUCGGCGAAAAGGGCGACGAUGUGGUUAUGUCCGCCGACGAAGAUGUGCCUGUAGCUACGUACACACACGAGACGUCGCCUGUGGCUGGUCGUGGGAGGAUAGACACGCAACCGAAUGCGUAUAGACCUUCGCAAUCGAGGAGUGGCAGUCUGCGGGGUGACAGGCGAGGGCUAAGCCGCAGUAGUAUUGUGUCACAUAGCAGCCCGGACAGCGCAGACUCUCGGCGGGCCCAAGCGUACACGCACACACAGGCUCAGACUCAGACACAAACACAGAUACAGACACCAGCACAGACACGGAGACAGUCACAGAACUCCGUGGGAAUACACGCGCAUCAACACACACACCCGCGUGGACAUCGCGCACAUACACGCACUCCGUCGCCUGUACAUCCGUACAGCAGGUCGCGUAGUCCUGCGCGCCACACGUCGUUCAGCGUCUACACCAACGACGACGGAUCCAUCUGCGGCGACGGAUUAAGCGUGGAGGUCAUACCAGAUAGCCCGCCAGAGGAUGUGACACGCACGCCCACGCGACAGUCUGCUACCCACCAACACCAUCACCCCACACAGACACAGCCUUUCCUGCACACACAGCAGCAGAAGAACGUUGCAGAAGGGUUUACGGAUACCAACGCGGACUUUGGUAAUGGCUACAUGACGGACGAGGACGUGGUGUAUGUGACGCCGGAAUCGUCACCGCAUGAGCGCUCCACUACUGCGCAUAUGCACACAGACACGGACAUGCGGCGCCGCAGGGGUGAACGCGAGCGCGACAAUUUGGCACAGAGCGACAAAGAGGUUCAUAACGUGGCGGGGGCAUGGCGUCGUGAAGGGGACAGAGGAACAGAUAAGCAUAUGAAUGCACAGACGCACAUGGACACGAAUAUCGGCGGCCAUAACGGUACGAGAGUGUCAGGUGGUCUUAGUGGCCGGGCUGGGGGGAUGCAGAGGUCUUUCGAGGCAUUGGCAGCUUAUGGGCGACUAAGUAGCAGGGGUGACGGAGUGGGUAGCAACCGUGCGGGACAGGGCAGACAGGGGCUGGGCGGGUUAGGCCAGGAGGAAGAUAUGGGGGAUACAGGGGAUGUAGACAGGUACUCGGGAGAUGCAGAGAUGUACUCGAAUCUCUCCGACUCGCCUGUAGGGUCUGAUAUACUCGCGCAAGCCUAUGCGCAGGGCAGCACCCAGGCAUGGCCACGCAGUGACAGUGAAGCGAGCCCUGGGGUGGCCAUUAGGGGUAUGGGUAGCGGAGGCAGGCACAAUAUCAGUAGCCCAAAGUCGACCUUUACGCCUACCGAGUCACCGGGUGCACGUGUCAACACAACAAUUGACGCGCGAACGAAGGAGCGGAUCAGGAAUCUGUCGCUUCGUGGAGAUUCACCGGACCCCAUUAUCGUUAAGGCACCCCACUCUCCGGUAUAUGGCAAUGCACACUCACACGCACAGGCACAUGCACGGGAACAACCCACUCCGCACAUACACACAGGCACGGCAGACGGUAGGCACAAAGCAGCCGACCGACAUGGCCAUAACCACGGAGAAGCCACGGAAUACAAAUGGAGGCCGCACAGCGGAGACGAGAGCGGCGGAGAACAUGUUCGGUACUGUGAGAGUGCGGACGAGAGCAAGACCUCACUGCAAGCCCACGCCAGCCGGUCGGUGGACACUGACACUGACACUGACACGGACCAUGAGGCAGUCAGGCGUGACGGGGAGACGCGGGGCAGAGGCGGUGGCUAUGUGAGACGUAAAAGUACCGCGGCAGAGAAGCGUGGGGUGUUUGGAGAUGCACCUGGAAGGCGGUCCAAUAAAUACGGAAGCAGGGCGGAUUCGGAGGCUAGGGCACAAUUUGUCCUGAACGAUGCUGCGGCGCGAGGACAUGGCCAGGAUGUGAAUGCGGGUGCACAACAUAUGCAACAGCCAUUCGAGGGUUUGCCACAGAUCAGCGGGCGGGAGGGUGAGGUUCUGGGCAAGUUUGGGUGUGCGUAUGUAGACCACCACAGGGAUCAGGGCAAGGACCGGUACCGAAACAACGACAUUUCAGGUGCAGUGACUAGCUUUACGGAAGCCAUUGACCACAUACAGCGAAACACUAACUGUCGACACAUACUGAACAAUACGGUAGGAGCGGGAGAUAACGUAGCUACUCACGGAGACCGGGACGAGACAGACAGUCCGAAGCAUGGCCUUAUGACGGAUAACAUUGAAUGUACCCAACACUGGGUGCAGGAUGAUCCGAUCGACGGGCCUGGCGUGGCUCAGACACACUCCCCCCCCAACUCCACUAGGCGAAUGACCCCGGAUGUCAGUACAGGCGACGGUAUACCCGGCCCGUUAGCGAGCACUUGUGAGGAGAUUGAUGUGAAUAUGCCGGACAUUGUGGUACUCCGCACGGCCGCCGAUGGCGGUUGGGCCGCACAUACGAGCGACCCCGCGAACACGGGUGUAGUGAGGUAUACCGAUACGAAUACAGAGCCGCACCCACAACUACACACCAACGACAGGGACCAGGGUACACACAAGCGUACGGAUACAGAUGCGGAUAGAGGAUGGGUGAUUGAAGACAUCCGUGCACACCCCAGUACAAACACACACACGCACACGAACGCGGGAACGCGGGAACGCAGCCUGGUGCUCGAGCCAGAACAGACAGACGCGGAGAGACAAGGUGUGCUGCUGGGCUUGCUGUACACUAACAGAGGCCUGUGCUACAAAGACAUGGACGACGCUGCUAAGGCUAUGGUGGAUUGGGCCACGGCGGCCGUGCUGAACCAGUUGGACCUGAAGCCGCUCAUCAAUCUGGCCCGGUUGCAGGUGGGUGCGAAGUGCAGAGUAGGCGUAGUUCUGGUCAAGAUCGGCCGUCUCACCUUUGCCAAAGAAACGGUUGAACAGGGCGUGCAUCGCUCAGAGACACUGAAAAAGAACAAACUCACCGACCGCCACGCCAAGUUCAUCAACAAUCUGCAGACCGAGAAGGCGCGCGUGGAGGCGUUGCUUGCGAGCUAUGAAUACCUGUGGAAGUGGUGCGAGGCGGAUAUGAAGGCACAGGCCAGCCACUCCGCAGAUCCCGCGCCCGCCCCAACCCCGCCACACACCGAUGAGAGACCACUUCUAGCACAUGCCGAGGAUCUGCACAGAGAGUGUCCGUCGAGUGUGGUCAUUGGGUUGCGAUACUCGCGUGUGCUACGACGGAUGAUUAAGAAUGUCGAACGCGCGCUGGUUGUGCUGGAAGAGCUUCUGCAAAGGCGAAAGAAGGGCAAUGACGCGUACACUCAGGGUGACUACAAACACGCAAUUCAACACUACACCACUGCCGUUGAGCUGGCUCAAAGCAAUGCACGAUACCGUGGAAUAUUGCUGAACAAUCGAGCAGCCGCAUAUUGGGCCACUAAAGACCUCCAACACGCCGUCAACGAUUGCAAGACAUCACUGCAACUGUACCCCACCUAUCUCGCCACACAGAAGCGCUACGCUUCGCUGCUGGUGCAGAGCGGCGACGAAGCGACCGGAUUGCGACGGUUGAAUGCUCUGCUCACAGAACAUCCCAAUGACGAGGACAUCAAGAAGCGCAUCAAACGGGCCAAUGAUUGCAUCGCCAACAAAGCAAAGGAGGCGAAAGUGAACGUGGAGAAGCACCUAGAAGCUCAGAACCAUUAUGAAGUGCUGGGUGUGCCCACCACUGCCACUGAAAGCCAAAUCAAAAAAGCGCAUCGGCAGAUGGUGCGCAAAUGGCACCCGGACAAAUGGCAGACCAAAGGAGAGAGUGCUCAAGCAGAAAGCAAUGUGCGGUUCAAGCGUGUGCAGAAGGCGUACGAGAUUCUCAGCAACUACGUCACACGCCGUACAUAUGACCUCACUACACGCGCAGAAACAUAUACCAGCCAGCGACAGCAGUCGCAUCCUGCCCCUCACGCACACGCACACAGGCACACACAGGCGCAUACGUACCCACACGCUCAUGCACAGGCAGCGAAUAGACGGAAUAGCGCCUAUGGGGGGGUGUUUGGUCAGAGAUCGAGUCAUACAGGGCAAAGUAGUUACCCUCGCAACAGCAGCAGCUACAGCAACGCUAAGAACACCAACAACAACACUUAUAAUAGUAGUAGUAAUAUGUUUAAUAAUAGUGGUGCUCGCAGUACAAGUUGGGCCCAGCCGACCAAAGCCAACCCAUUCGGCAGCAGCACUGCCAAGCCACCCACCCACUACCCGUCACAAGCACGCCCGAGAUACGCCAACAAAGACUAUCCGCACGAACCCAAAGCACACACACACACACACACACAGCCACAACAUCAAUCACAACCACAGCCACAACCACAGACACGAGGUCCGUUUGAUACCAACCCGUUCAAGACGACCACAGCCAAUGCAAACGGCGCAGAGAAUGGGCCGAGCAAAGGCACUGACCGCUUGGGGUUUGGUGCUAGUGCUAGCGCUAACGGUAACAACUUACCAGGCAGUGUGUUCGAUAACAUCAACAGUCGCUACAACAAGUUCGGUGUGUAAGCACCGGGUGUUGUGUGCAGAGUGGUGGCAGGAGGGAGUGAGAGACUGUGACUCAUCAUAACCAGGCAUCAAUGAAGUCGUAGUGGCACUUACGCCAAUGGGAAUGAUUGGUAUGAGGUGGUGGUGGGUGGUGGGUAUAAGGUGCUCGGUAUGUAUGGGAACUGAGCUGUGACGUGUGAGGGUUCUAAGUGUGACGUUUACUUCAUUGCCUACUUCUCCUACCUCAUUAAAUCAUAUGCGCCUAUUCCGCAAAGCACUCUCUCUCUCUCAGCGCGAGAGAUGACUCAGGAGGGUUAGUACACUCGCCACACCCUCACACCAUCUCAUCAGGUUGAUUGUAUAUGCACCUGCACUCACAAAAUGAGUUUGUAUGUGCGAUGGUCUACGGACGGUACGGCAGGUGCGUGACACUGGAUGCGAUCGAUGGCUAUCGAAUCGGAUUGAGUGAGGAAUCGGCGCCAUAAAUGCGUUCCUAUCACACGAUGAACUGACCAACACCUUGGUUGUCAAAUGUGUGCACAAUCAUACACACACAAUAGAGAGAGAGUGUGUGUGUGUUUGUGGGACGUCCGUGUAUAGUGAACAGAGGCUCGUAAGCCUUCGUAUGCACACCAACCCAGUUAGCACAAGCACCCUCCCUAUAACCCAAUAAGCACAAGCACCCUCCCUAAACAGGCAAGAGCCCCGAGGUGUGUACUACGUUGUUGAUAGAUAGAGCAACACCUCCAUCGACAUAUCACCAUAUACACAUGCACCUGAGUGCCCAGUUGGACUCCAGCUAUGACAUAGUCACGAUAGCUUGUGAAUCCUUAUCACACACCGCAGAGAAGUCUAAAGGAGAAAAAGACUCGUCGUAACAGAGACUGGACUACACCAGACAAACCCAAGUAUGUACCGAACAGCCAGGGGUGUGCAUGACAGGAGGCACUCGGAGGUCAAUAGGGAGCAUGACACAGCAGAGGAG